CACGUACUCAUACGGCCAACCCCACUGCCACCACCCAUCACGCCAUGCCCGCCUCCAGUCCCCAUCCUGACUGACCACCGCGCCGCGCCCGUUACUGCCACCUCACUCCUCUCCACCCCCUUCCUCUUCUGCUGCUCUCCUCUAAAACCAAUAAGCAACCCGGCCACUGCUCCGUUCUGUCCUGUUCCGCCCCGCCCCUGCUCGAUGCUACGACUACGAGGCGCCAUGGCUUCCGCGGCCAGCCCCAUCUGCUCCCUCCUCCUCCUCCUCGUCCUGCAACUGCCUCCUUUCGCCGCCGCUCUCCCGAAGCCGCCCGCGCGGUACCAGUACCACACGCUUCGCGCUACCCCACUCUCCCCCGAACCCACCGCCCGAGUCGACGCCGCAGCCAUCCUCGGCACCAGCACCGACCUGACAGCUGUCUUCGACGGCAUCGGCAACGCCUCCGCCGUGGAAUUGGUGCUCGCCCACCGCGAGGCGUUCGCGGCGCCCAACGCCACCGCGCCCCAGCUGCUCGCGCACCGCCUGGCGCGCGACGCCGCGCGCGCCGAUGCGAUAUCCUCCGCCGCAGCAGCCGGGGCCACCAACGGGACGCGCGCGCCGCGACGCCGUGGUGGCAGCGGCUUCGCGGCGCCCGUGUUGUCCGGCCUGUCGCAGGGCAGCGGCGAGUAUUUCGCGCAGGUCGGCGUGGGCACGCCGCCCACGCCGGCGCUCCUGGUGCUCGACACCGGCAGCGACGUCGUCUGGCUGCAGUGCGCGCCCUGCCGCCACUGCUACGCGCAGUCGGGCAGGGUCUUCGACCCGCGCCGCUCCCGCUCCUACGCCACCGUCCCCUGCGCCGCGCCGCUCUGCCGCCGCCUCGACUCCGGCGGCUGCAACAAGCGCCGCGGGUCGUGCCUCUACCAGGUCGCCUACGGCGACGGGUCAAUCACCGCGGGGGACCUGGCCACCGAGACGCUCUCCUUCGCCCGCGGCGCGCGGGUGCCGCGCGUCGCCAUCGGGUGCGGGCACGACAACGAGGGCCUCUUCGUCGCCGCCGCGGGGCUCCUGGGCCUCGGCCGCGGCAGGCUGUCGCUGCCCACCCAGGUCGCCCGCCGCUACGGCCGCAGCUUCUCCUACUGCCUCGUGGACCGCACCUCCUCGCUGAAGCCGUCGUCCACCCGGUCGUCCACCCUGACCUUCGGCGCCGCCGCCCUGGCCGGGGCAGGCGCCGGCGCCGGCGCCCGCGUGUCGUUCACCCCGAUGGUUCGGAACCCCAGGAUGUCGACCUUCUACUACGUGCGCGUGGCGGGGUUCAGCGUCGGCGGCGCGCGCGUCCGCGGCGUGUCGGAGCGGGACCUCCGGCUUGACCCGGCCACCGGCCGCGGCGGCGUGAUCCUGGACUCGGGCACGUCGGUGACCCGGCUGGCCCGCCCCGUGUACGCGGCCGUGCGCGAUGCGUUCCGGGCCGCGGCGGCGGCCGCGGGCGGGCUGCGGCCGAGCCCCGGCGGGUUCUCGCUGUUCGACACGUGCUACGACCUGGGCAGGCGGCGGGUGGUUAAGGUGCCGACGCUGUCGGUGCACCUGGCGGGCGGCGCGGCGGUGGCGCUGCCGCCGGAGAACUACCUGAUACCCGUGGACACGCGGGGCACGUUCUGCUUCGCGCUGGCGGGCACGGACGGGGGCGUGUCCAUCCUCGGCAACAUUCAGCAGCAGGGGUUCCGCGUGGUGUUCGACGGCGACGCGCAGCGCGUCGGCCUGGUGCCCAAGAGCUGCUGAGCCAGGCUGGAUACGUGAUGUUCUUUACUCGUAGCGACUUACUGGUAAAAGCGUUUCCGUUGUAAGAGUGGCGUAAAAGAGCUGCAGGCCGCACAAGAAGUGGCCAAAGGAAGGCGUCUUCUGUUGUUUGUGUUAUUUUUCCCUGCGGUUAUUACGAGGUGUUCACGUUGUUGUGCUGCCGCC